GCUCUAAAGCCUGAUAUUACACUGUGGCAAAAGCCCUGUGUGAAAAUCUGACAUGCUGUAUUUCUAAACAAACCAACAAACUCCGGUUAUCCAAAAAAAUACUGUUUCUAAGAAGCUAACUGCAAAACUAUUACCUUAUGAACACCUAAGGGCAUAGACUGAAAACAAAUUCUGUCAUUUUCCUCGAAAAAAAAGUAAUUUGCAAUGUAAAACACAACUUUACCUGAACCGAACGUAUUUAACAGUUAGUUGGCCAAACAAUAUCAAACGUAUAAAUUAUCAAACGUAGCCUAAUAUAUCAAGUACAAUAUAUAUCGCAUGUUCGCCUUACGUCUUGUUUGUAUAGUUGGUGUGUUUUUGAGGUUUGUUGCUGCAUGCUGUGUGUUCCUUCAGCGAGUUCAGCGUGAGGGCAGAACGAGAAUCUAUGCCACACGCCUACUUUGCAUAAUUCAUUCAUGCGUCAUAUGACGCCAGCACGCACGUAUAUAAAGCCCUCUGCGGCAGAAAUAGCAUCACUAGCCGACAGUGUUUCUCCUGAAGCCGCUCUUAGUUCACUCAUAGCGCCCGGUUUCUCUGUACAGUGCGCUACAGAGCAACGCAACGCAACGCAACGAAACGAAACGAAACGAAACCAGGAUUUUAAAAUCGUGUUAAAACAAGUCGCAACCGUGGCGAGAAGUAUUAUUCAGACGGGUCUCGUCCUUAAUAUGAGCACGGAUAUGUUCAAAACGCCAAUGGAGCUCGCUGUGUAUCAACUGCACAAUUUUUCCAUCUCCUUCUUCUCGUCGUUUUUAGGAGGGGAUGUAGUAUCGGUCAAACUAGACAACAGUGCCUCUGGCGCAAGCGUUGUGGCCAUUGACAACAAGAUCGAGCAAGCAAUGGAUCUUGUAAAGAAUCACUUAAUGUACGCAGUCAGGGAGGAAGUGGAGAUCUUAAAAGAGCAGAUCAAGGAGCUGGCAGAGAAAAACAACCAGCUGGAGCGUGAGAACAGCCUGCUAAAGAACCUGGCCAGCCCCGAGCAGCUGCAGAAGUUUCAGUCGCGGUUGCCGUCAGACUCCAGCCUCCCUCUGGAUCCUCAGGAGCCCGGGUCCCCCGACGAUGUGGGCCACCAGUACAACAGCACGGGCUCUGCUGUAUAAGUGGCUCUGCCAUGGGGCGGGCAGAGCCACAGCUCUCACCUGAAAUGGACCUCCAGAUAUGCGACUUCCAGAAGAAGCUGUCUGUACAGAUGAACCCUGAUAAACGAAAGCGUUACGAUGUACCAGUGGCCUAGUCUGUUCUGUAAUAUCCGACAAUCUCUUCGGACUUGCGGACGAGAGAGAGUGAUUUAGCCGUCCGAGGUUACUGUACGACAGGACUGACAUGCCCUUGCUUGGGGCUGCAGCCUUGCUUUCCCUUGGUCUAUCUCGUGAAGAGAAGGAGAGGAGUUUGCCUGAUGGAGCUGGCCCAGAGAUCUAAGCUGUGGUACCUCCAUAGAAAUGCAUCCGCGGCCUAUUCAGGUCAAGCCAAGGAAAUGUACGUCUCCAAGAGAUGCCCCCACAGUCUCGAGAGCCCUGCCAGGUGUUCUUGAUGAAGCUACAUGGGAUGAGAUCCCGGAGUGUGCUCUAUUAAUUCCCUCCAUGUCAAUGAUCCCUAGCUGUGGACAUUCUUAGCUAUUGUAGUUGAGGAGUUUUGAGAUGGACUUUGGUCUGGUCUUCUCUACCACAGUGGUGACUCCUGCCAUAUGAUUUAUAAAGCAACGCUUGUAUCUCUGCAGUUGGGGCCUGCUGCUUACGGGAAUUGUUUGUGUUUUGAAACUGAACAAAUCAACUUGUUUAUAGGCUGUGUGUAAAAUGAUGAUUUUUUGGGGGAAUGAAUCUGUAUACAUUUGCAUAGUUCUGUAAAUUUGUGACUGAUGUAAACUAAAAUGUUCUGCAAUGGAGGCAAGGAGUGGAUAAUGUUGCUGUGUUUUAUUGACCUCUAUGCCAACCAUGAAAUAAGACGGCCACAUGUUUCUGAAUGAACUCUGUGUUUUCUAACUACCAAAGACUUGCCUAAUACUCACAAGCCAACAGGACCAUGUGUAACUUCACAGGGAGAAGUUUUUUGACUGCAGUCUUUUUGAAACAUGGGAGUUGUUGCUUGAUUGUGUCCAUGGUAUUUUUAAACGAUGUAUGGAUGCAAAAUGCACAUUGCAAUAAACCUUAUGUUUACACUUAAA